AUGACCCCGGCGACAGCGAGACCCGCUGCGGGCCCCGAGGCCGCAGCGAGAGGCGGGGGAUGCGGCGCGGUGGGUGCAGGGGUGCAGGAGCGGAGCCCCCUGCCCCUCGCUGCGCUUCUGGGUUGGCACCAGCUGCGGUGGAUGGGAGGGGAUCCCCGAUGUCGCUGUCACUGCAGCACGGAGGGAUCUGAUCACUGCCAGGACCCACAAAAGGAAAGUAGUGGAAGUAGGGAGGUGGCAGAAGGAAGAAGAGGCAAGAGAAAGCGAGACAUCCCAUUGUUAGUAGACAUCUCAUUUGUAGCAGCCCUGAGAUCAGCUGGAAAGGUCUUGCAAAACUACACCCUAAAUUGUCUUUUGGUAACUUUGUUCUGCUUCUCUGUUGUCGAUAUUCUGGUCAAAAGUGAUAGUGCCCAGGAAUUUGAGCUAUUUAUCACAUCCCUGCGGAGGCAAGCAGCGUGUGCUCAGGAGGAAAACGAAGCCCUUGCAGCACAGAUCUUGCAUUGUGCACUGGCUGCUUCGGAGCUGCAGGGUAAUACUGCUGAGCUCAACCCUUUUUUUUUUUCCCUAUGCAUUUACCACACUUAUCUAAAUGCUAGGCUCAGAUUGCAUGAAGAAAAGGUCAUUAAGGAUCGAAGGCACCACCUCAAGACAUAUCCCAACUGUUUUGUUGCCAAAGAGCUGAUUGACUGGCUGAUUGACCAUAAGGAGGCCUCCGACCGAGACACAGCAAUUAAACUUGUGCAGAAAUUAUUGGAUCACAGCAUUAUCCAUCAUGUUUGUGAUGAGCAUAAAGAAUUCAAGGAUGCCAAACUCUUCUACCGCUUUAGAAAGGAUGAUGGGACGUUUCCACUGGAUAACGAGGUGAAGGUGUUCAUGAGAGGACAGCGACUGUAUGAAAAGCUAAUGAGUUCUGAAAACACUCUUCUGCAAGCCAGGGAAGAGGAAGGAGUCAAAUAUGAGCGAACCUUCGUAGCAUCGGAGUUCAUCGACUGGCUGAUGCAGGAGGGAGAGGCCACGACGAGGACGGAAGCAGAGCAGCUCGGCCGCCGGCUCCUGGAGCACGGCAUCAUCCAGCACGUGUCCAAUAAGCACCAUUUUAUGGACAGCAACUUGCUCUACCAAUGCAGAAUGAAUUUCCGCCGGCGGCGGCGAUUAAUGGAGCUGCUCACAGAGAGAUCUCGCUUGAUGCCAGAAAGCCAUGACAGCCCCUUUUGCCUCCGCAAGCAGAACCAUGACAACAGAAAACACACCAGUUUUCUCUCAGUGAGUCCCACCAAGGAGAUAAAGAUCGUGUCGGCGGUGAGGAGGAGCAGCAUGAGUAGCUGCGGCAGCAGCGGGUACUUCAGCAGCAGCCCAACGCUCAGCAGCAGCCCCCCAGUCCUGUGCAACCCCAAAUCCGUAUUGAAGAGACCAGUGACUGCUGAUGAGCUCCUGAUGCCUGGAGCCCCAUAUGUGAGAAAAACUUUCACAAUCGUCGGCGACGCCGUGGGCUGGGGCUUCGUGGUGCGGGGCAGCAAGCCCUGCCACAUCCAGGCCGUGGAUCCGAGCGGGCCUGCCGCCGCCGCGGGCAUGAAGGUUUGCCAGUUUGUUGUUUCGGUCAACGGCCUCAACGUUCUCCACGUGGAUUACAGGACAGUGAGCAACCUCAUCCUCACCGGCCCUCGAACUAUAGUGAUGGAAGUGAUGGAAGAAAUAGAGCCCUGAAAAGAAAAGUCUCUCACUGGACGUUUUGCAAGAGAAGUAGCAAAG